GUUCAGCUAGCACGCAGAGCAGAUUCCAGGGAGUGAAAGGAGAAAACCACCUCACGCCAAGCAGGGCUGAAAGGAAGAAAAUCCCCUGAACCCGUGGAAAAUUUCUGUCUGCCAAAAUGCCGACCAGAGAAAAGAAACUCAUGUUUGGAGCUGCUUUUUUAACCAGCGUUUUAUCUUUCGUGAUCAUUUGUGUCGUUCUCGGAACCCAGAGAUGGAUCAGCAGCACAAUCUACUUUUCCCAAUCAAACAGCAGCACUUCGGUAACCAUCAUCUACGGACUUUUCAGUGGCACCUGUGCCUCGAAAAUCGAUGCUGGAGUUCAGUUUUCAGGCGGUAGUUUCCAAGUUGCAGAACUGGUGAACAGCAGCAGAAAAGGCAUCAACGUCACGAUCAUCGUGCUUCUGGUCCUCAGCUUACUCAGCUCCCUUCUGAGCUCAGGAUUUACAUUCACUAACGCUGUGAGCAAUCCCUACCAGACGUUUCUGGGACCCAUUGGAGUCUACACCUGGAACGCCAUAGGUGGAUUCUUCACGCUCAUAGUCAUGAUACUUUUUGCAGUGAACGUGCAAGGCAACAACCUGUCUGUAGAGCUGGCCACCAAAUGCGCUUCUAUUCAGCAGAACCAUACCGGAUCUAAACACAAUUAUGAUUAUUCCUACUGGAUCCUGCUGCUUCACAUUCUUUUUAGCUGUGCUACUAUAGUCAUCAUUAUUUUCUACAGCUGCGCAAGGUAUACUAAGAAGAAAGAACAGGAGAGACCAAUUGAAAACGCAUCCAAAGACGUCAUUCUGUUUUAAGGAUAUCACUGAAAAGAAGGUGUAAAAGAAAAAAGUAUUUAAUGUGGACAAUCACGGCCAAUAAUUUAUGUACAAAUUGAAGGUAUGUGUAUAGCUCAAUUAACAAAAUAGCCUGUUGCACCUCCAAA